GUUUGUUUUGUUUUCUUCAUUUUGCGCUCCGAACGACAAUCAAGGCUGUACCGCCUUGCCAACCACCUCUAGUUUCCUAACAGGCCUUGAUUAUUUGCAGGAAUCCCUGUCUUGCUGGCAGCUUGUGCGUGCUUCGCGUGUUUGCAUGCGUAAUUCCACGUGAUCUCCAUCAAGUGGUUGUACUAGUACUAGUAGUACACCGUCGUCCCGCUCACGUGCACGACUUCGUCAUGGGCUGGCACCUGCAACCUCAAUCCGGCGAGCUUCGAGGUCCCGCAGCCGAACCUCAACUGUAUUGUUUCGUAGCAACAAAUAUAAGUCGAGUUUGAUUUCCAUCUCACACCACGAUCGUCACUAGCUCCGAAAAUGCUACGCACUCAGGUUGUCAAGCUCGCAAGAGCAUCCCCUUCCGUCAGACGGUCUUUCUCUGUUGCGGCCAUCAGAGCCUCGGAGGGCGAUACUGGUGGCAUCCGCUCUGGCGGCCUCGCUGCAGGUGACUCCUGGACGAGACGAGAGCAAGCCAGCGAAACCAAGUUCAUUCGUGAGAAGGAAAUGGAAAGUCUACGAAAGUUGAAGGAAAAGCUUGCCCAACAGCGAAAGCAUCUCGACGAGCUUGACCAGCACAUCAAGGACCUGGAGAGCGAACGUGCAGGAGAACAGUAAACAGGCAGUUAAAACAACUUGGAGUUACAAUUUGGCUGGGUCUUCAAAACCACCCGCCAAUAUGGAAUGGGAGACUAUCUCUCCACGGCAUGCCUACUUUAGCUCCGUGGAGAGUGUUUGUCCUUGACACAAUCGAAUUGCAUUCUCCGCUCACUGGGAGUUAUCGUGCCUGUUUUUCUAAAUUCGGUCGUGAACACACACUCCGCCUCGAAGUUCAUUCUUGAGCACUCGUACAUCCUUUGAGAGAUCUCUCGGCUCUCACAGUACCUAGCAAACCAUGCUAAAGCCAACGCCAGGCCCACCUGAGUUCAAUGCCCUUUGCGAGUAUUCGGCACAAGCCAUAAAUUACCGUCGCCCCAUGUAGCUCCGAUAGAAGUCUUGAGCCGCUGCACUGCCAUUUCCGUUCACGGAAUUGGUCAGGUAACCGACACUGCUGGCCGCCUUUUGUGCGGCAGCCACACGCUCUUGAAGGGCAACGGUGCCUUGAUCGAUGGCCUGGAGCUGAACCAAGUGCGAAUUCAGGAUUUUGACAAUCUGGGUGAUCUUGAGGCCCUCGUUAGUUUGGGCACAUAGAACGCAGUCAAUAGAACUUACCGGCUCAUCCGCCUUGCCACUCUUGUUCAAGCUUGCAUUUGCGGCAUUAACCUCUUCAACCAUGCUCUCCAAAUCGCGUUGCAUUUCUUCGAGUCUCUCCCCCAGUUUCUCGGCAAGCUUGUAGGUUCUUUCUCUUUCG